AUGAGGAAAAAAUUCCAGUUGGCUUUGAUGUGCUCGUCCUGUAGCCUUCGAGACUUGAACGCUGUGUUUGAAGAACAAUGCAGAAGUGCCAUAGCUACUGCCAAACCUCAGCCAUUCCCAAAUUUCAGCCAUUUCCGGCAGUGUCACAAUAUGGCGCUGCAUGUCCCAUUGACUUCUGUCAAGUUCUACACACAUCCACACAAUGUUGUUUUCGUCAUCACUAGGUCUGUGCGUGAUUCGGUCAGCCAAAUUAAAUGUGGGGAAGCAGAUGACCAGGCAGUUGUUGAUCAGGCGCAUGACAUUGCGCAGCAGGUGUCUACAGCUCUGCAGCAGCACAGCAGGGCUUGUUCGGUCAUAUCGCUGUUUCUUCUUUCGGUGGCCACUGAGGUCCGGGCAACCAUAAAUCAAAGUCUUGUUCCACAAUGGAACCAUGUCCAGGAUAAUGAUCCACAUAUGGAGUCACAUCCCUUCUUUACAAAGACCGUUGGAUAUGUACCUCUCAAACAAAUGUCGAUUCCGCCGAUCGAUUCACUGCCUCAUGCCAGUCAUGCACACAACCUGGUUGUUCCUGGCACAAUGCCCAACAAGGGCAAACGGUCUGACCACGGCACUUGUCGAUCCAGAGAGGACAGCCCAGAUGCCGAGUCAGGCAGGAAGAAACAAAAGGUCCUCAAGUGUUUGUCGAAAGCCAUCAUCUCUGACACUGAGGACAAGGACAGGCAGCCGACUGGUACCAUUGUAGUUAUGCGUUCCAGGAUCCCUGAAUCUUCUGGUGCAGCACCGACAACAUCAAAGGGCAUGACAAAAAACAUGAAGCAGCCAGAUGCUGAACCAAAGAUCAGCCAACCCCAGCCACGUGGCAAAGGAAAGGAGAAGGCCGUGGACAUUGCCGAGCCCAUCAGAGGGCACCAGCUACUGAAGUCCAAUGCUGAGGAGUACACUCCACCAUGCAAGAGAUGCAUCAGGGAGUCUUGUCUUGUUGUGGUCAGCAGGAAGGGGCAAGCUAUUAAGUCCUGUGUGAAGUGCCACUUCAUGAAGGUCCGGUGUAACCGACCCAUGUUGGUCGAUACCAGGGGUCCUGCAACAACUCAAAAGGCCCCAAAGUCGCGUCCUCAGUCAAAGGCUGCACCGGCCUCCAAGUCCAAGGCUCAGUCCAGGACCACCAAAACAACCUCACACAUUCGUCCACCAACUCCUAUCCUGGAAUCCGAGGAUGCUAUUGAGGAUACCGAGGUGUCUGUCACCGGUCACAAUGAUGCCGAGAUGGAUCAUGAUACGGACACCGAGCGGCAUACUGACAUUGCUAUGGAGAUGUCAGUUGAGCCCGAUGAUCCUAUUAUUGUUGACCAGCCUGGAGCCAUGGCAUCUGCGGAUGACUUCCCCGCCGACCAUUGGCUGGAGAACACUGACAUGCCUAUUCCCAUUCCCAUUCCCCCACCAACUCCUGCAGCCGACCUCAUUUCCCUUCCUUCAGCACCUUCAUCACUGACCAUCCUUGAACACGUGCUAGCACUCACCACUCAGGUCACAGCCAUGCAAAUGGCCAAUGAGAAUGCUCUUGCCAGGGUCAAUGCAAUGGAACAGGAGUUUGACACCUGGAUCUCCUCCAUGCAUGCCGAGCUUUCCUCCAUGCAACUUGAUGUUGGCGCCACAGUCACAUUGGUGAAUGGACUUGUCGGCCUGGUGGAGAAGCUUUGGCAGGAGCAGGUCCUUGCAAAUCCAUCAUUCCUGCCACCGAUGAUAAGUCAUGGCAAUGAUACCUCAGCCACCACAUUCAGCACGAGGUACUUAAAUGGUGUGUUCAGCCCUUCAGUUGCUCCCAUCCCCAUUUCUGUUGGUGUCGGUCAAACAUUGGUGUCCUGCCCUUCUGGUCGUCCUGACAUGCAGGGCAGCGUGUUCACAUCUGGAUUGGCAUCCUUGGCAUUAGCACACGCCGGUCCUUCAUAA